CACCGGUAGACGGUCCCACAUCUCAAGACACCCCUUGAAAUAGCCCCAGAACUCGAACCAAUCGGCUCGGAAUUGGGUUGCCCUACAACGGAGUAUCGCCAAGAACGCUUCUGCUUCUCGUAUUCUCUCCACCUUCAACCUUCAACCUUCGUAUUGACCAUGCUGCACCUCGGCUGUAUGCAAAUGAUGCCAGUCAGGGGCUCUCCUUUUUUUACAGAGUUAUAAAGGAUUGCCUAGAAAACGAAUGAUAUAAAAGCUUCAUCCAUUGCUCUCAAAACUUAUUUCUUGUCGAUACCACAUUCAACAGAAAAUCUACCUCAGCACAUCUCUAUUUUACUUCAGUCAAUACAUAGCCGCCCAUCAUGUUCAAGCAACUCGCUCUUACACUCCCAUUCUUGGUCGGGGCUUCGACUGCUAUGCCACAGGCAACCCCAGGAGCAAAAAUCGCACCCGGCGCCAAAUUCUCGCUCAUGGCUCUCCGAUCCGCCAGUGAGGUUCAUUUUGCCGGUUUCGAAGCCGCCAAGAGUAGUCUCUUCUUAAAGCUUCCCAGCCAGAACGCCUCAUGCGAUGCUGGCCCUGCCGAUUAUGCCACAUUCUAUCUUCAGGACGACGGCGGCCUCUACCUCUAUGCCGCAUCCGCAACACCUCAGCAGCUUUAUGUCGAUCGCUCGGGAAUGGGCCAGGGUAAGCUCGGCUACACGACUGGAGCUCAACCGACCCCCCGAAACGGCGAAAGGACUUCCUUCGCGCUUGACGAAAGCAAUGACUUGACUUUCAACGGAGCAGGCUUCAUCGCUUGCCCUGAUAGCAUAGACGGCGCCUGGAGUGUGUGGGUUUCUGCGGGUGUAAACCAGCCUGCAGGUAACCAAGGCUGUCUUGGAAUCUCAGUACGUGCUGUGGAGGUUUCCAAGCCUAAUGGUUGCUUGUAUACGGAGUAAUUAGUUGAGAUGGUGUCAGGAGUCUCACUUGAGUCCUUGAGGAUAAAGAACAUGUUUGUAUACAGCUUUGGCUUCAAAGCUAUCGUAAUUAGAUUAGGGGAAUAAUGAAGUUGUUUACUUAUCUGAUGCUUUGCGAUGUGACAG